AUUAUACAUAGUCCGUCUUGUAAAUUUUAACACAAAAACCGGAUUGCAUUGACCUAAAUCUAACUAUAUAAAGCCUUUCAAUUUGGUAAAAUUUAUCAAAAUCUUUUUUAGUCCCACCACCUAAAGAACAUCAAAUUAAACAUGAACACCUUAGUGGUUGUCCUUUUGGCUCUCAUGUGCUGUUCAGCAACGAUGGCUGGCUAUGGUCACCGUGCUAGUUAUUACAGAACUGGAUACAAGACACAUUUAGGUGGAGCUCACUACGGAUAUGCACCAGUGAAAUAUGCUUCUUAUGGACAUGGCCUGACUUACAGCAAACCCGUAUACAGACCUGUCGUCUAUGCCCCUAAAGUCUAUGCUCCUAAACCUAUAGUCUAUGCACCAAAAAUAAUUGCCAAACCUAUUGCUCCAGUCUACGUUAAACCUGUGGCCCAUCAUAUUGAACCUGUUGUUUACCACAGUAAACCAGCCUAUGGUCUUGGAGGACACGCUUAUGCUUACAAACCAGUCAGUUAUGGACAUGGUCAUGGAUAUUAUUCACACCCAAUGGCAUACAAAGGAUACCAUCAUCAUUAAAAUAAAUCAUGGUACAUGAUAGUCAAAGGCAAACAUCUGGAGCUUAAAGGGGAUGUGUGCUAAGAUUCCACCUAGUCCCCAUUCAACAUCAUUCAUUUCUUUUGUAUAAACAUCUUGAAAAUAAACUUGUGUUCAAACAUCAA